CAGGCGCCGCCGUAUCGCACAGGCCGUGCCUACGAGCACAGGCCCCCGAUGGCGCUCUCCCAGCGGGACUCGGCCAAGCUGGAGCGCGCGGCGCAGUCCAGGGCUGCGGCGGAGGAGCGGGAGGUGGAGCGUCGGCUCAAGGCCGCGCUCCGCACGCCAGUCGACGAGCGCACCGCCGCCGACCUCGCGCUGCUGGAGGCGCGGCCAGAGGAGGCGCGCCGGCUGCAGGCAGCGCAGGAGCGGACUGCAGCGCGCAAGGCGGCCGAGGCGGCGAGCAUGGUGGAAACGGAGGACGACGCCGAAGUCCUCCGCGGCAAGAUCGACGCGCUGAGCGAGAUGCUGGCUGGAGCGCGUCACGUGGUUGUGUACACCGGCGCUGGGAUCUCGACUGCCGCCAACAUCCCCGACUACCGCGGGCCGCAGGGGAUAUGGACGCAGCAGAAAAAGGCGCCCGCGGGCAAGGCCGGCUCCCUCUCCAGCGGCUCUCGCGCCGGCGGCGUCGACAAGCUCGGCGUCACGCCAACCGAGGGCCACAUGGCGCUCGCUGCCCUCGUGCGCGCCGGCCGCGUCGCCGCUGUCGUCUCUCAAAACAUCGACGGCCUGCACAUGCGCUCGGGGGUGCCGCCGUCGGCGCUGACGGAGUUGCACGGCAACGUCUUUCGCGAGCGAUGCCGCGCGUGUGGCCGCGAGUUUCUGCGUGGUUUCGACGUGACAGAGGCGUCUUCAUACCGGCGGCACACCACGAUGCGCAAAUGUGACGACAGCAGCUGCCGCGCGCCACUGCACGACACAAUCGUCUACUUUGGGGAGAAGAUCGACGAGGCGCGACGCGCGUACCCGCACAUUCGGCGAGCUGCGAGGACGCAGCUCGAGUCGGCGCAAGAGGCCGCGGGUCGCGCCGACGUGUCGCUCUUCGUUGGUUCUUCGCUCAAGGACCGCGUCGCGGAGCUCGUCGUGCGCGGCCGCGCAGACUACGUGCUGACCCAGCUGGCUGCGCGGCUCGGCGUCGGCGUUCCUCCGUACGACGCAACCGCUGAUGCCGUGCUCCGCCUCGCGCGCAGAGUGCGUCAACCGAGCCGUUCGGCUUCGGCCGCGUCUCGAAGGCCACCAAGCAAAGCGGCGGCGGCGCCAAGCAAAGCAGCGGCGACGGUGGCGCCAAGCAAAGCGGCGGCGACGAUUGCGGCGGCGGCGGCGGUGGCGGUAGCUGAGCCCGCCGCGGUUGCGGUAGAGGAUGCGGCGGCCGCCGAGGGCGGCGGUGCAGGUGGGUCAAGUCUUGCGGUGUAUUGCUGCCGCUGCGGCGCUGUGCUUGAUGACGAGGAGGGCGUGACCGUUCGGCGCGCCGUCGGCGAGUGCGACGUCGCUGGCUGCGAGCAUUGGGCGUGCUUGCGGUGCGCGGGAGUCAAGGCCGGGUACAGCGGCGAGUGGGCGGGUGCAAGGGGGAGUGCAGAGGCGGAUUCUGGAGAGGCCAAGGGCCUGGUGGCAGGGAGGGGGGCGGUGGUGAUGCGCGAUGGCGAGGACCACCGCCGAGGCGCGGAAUCGGGCAAAAUGGACGCGAGCGGCGAGAUGGGGGGAGGCGACAAGGGGGCCAUGGCGGAGGCCAUGGCGGAGGAGGCACUGCCUCCGAAGAAGAAGAUGCGGAUGAAGGCCGUGCCUUUCCACCCGUCCGACGCCCCCGCGCUGGCCAUUUCUGCCACAGCGCCCGCAGUUCCUCCCGUCGCUGCCGAUCCUGCCGCCGCCCCCCGAUCGACAAAGAAGUGCCUCGGCAAGUGCGGAUUCUUUGGAUCGCCGGCGUUCGACGGGCUCUGCUCCAAAUGCCACGCCAAGCGGCUACAUGACAUGGCGCAGGGGUGGAGCGGUCCACGUGGGCGGGUUUGA